AUGGUAGACACCCCAGGGAAGGAUCCAGUAGCCGGUUCCAACCCAGCGUUGGAGGCGUUGCCCGUCGCACUGCCUGUAGACGACGAUUCGUUGAAGGGGAAGAUCUCACACAUGGUGAGGCAGUCAAUGGCUAACAAUCCGUAUUUUGCCGCUGGUGGUGGGUUGAUGGUCCUAGGGUCCGCAUUGGCGCUCGCUAGAACAGGAGUGAUCAAGCUGAGCCGUGUCGUUUACAAGCAGAUGAUUGUCGAUCUGGAGAUACAGUCGAAGGACAAGUCGUACUCGUGGUUCCUGGACUGGAUGGCACGCUAUCCGAAACGGGUGUCGAAACAUCUGUCCGUGCGUACCAAUUACAUACAGCACGAUAACGGUGCAAUCAGCACGAAGUUUUCACUGGUACCAGGCCCAGGGUCCCAUUGGAUAUGGUACAGAGGAGCACUGAUCGCGAUCAAGAGGGAAAGGUCCGGACGGAUGAUUGACUUGGUCAACAGCUCCCCCUACGAAACAGUAACACUGACGACACUGUAUAGGGAUAGACACCUGUUUGACGAGAUUCUGAACGAGGCCAAGAGCAUAGCUCUGAGAAGUAACGAGGGGAAGACGGUGAUAUAUACAUCGUUUGGACCCGAAUGGCGGAAAUUCGGGCAACCGAAGGCGAAGCGGGCGCUCCCCUCCGUGGUUCUAGACGAAGGAAUCAAGGAGCAAAUUUUGGAGGAUGUGUUGGACUUCAUGAAGAACGGGAAAUGGUACUCGGACAGAGGUAUCCCAUACAGACGCGGGUACCUCCUGUACGGUCCACCUGGGUCUGGUAAGACAAGUUUCAUACAGGCGUUGGCCGGUGAAUUGGAUUACAACAUUUGCAUAUUGAACCUGUCAGAGAACAACCUGACGGACGACAGACUGAACCACUUAAUGAACAACAUGCCCGAGCGCAGUAUACUCUUGUUGGAGGAUAUCGACGCAGCGUUCAAUGAGCGAAGCCAGACGGGGGAGACAGGGUUCCACUCCAGCGUAACCUUCAGCGGGCUUCUAAACGCACUAGACGGCGUCACCUCCUCCGAGGAGACAAUCACAUUCAUGACUACCAACCACCCAGAAAAGCUGGACCGCGCAAUAAUGCGGCCGGGAAGAAUAGACUACAAAGUGCUCAUAGCCAAUGCGACACCGUACCAGGUGGAGAAAAUGUUCUUGAAGUUCUACCCGGGGGAAACGCAACUGUGUCGCGAGUUCUCUACCAAGUUCAGAGAUCUCAAGGCGGAGGUGAGCACCGCCCAGCUACAGGGCCUGUUUGUAAUGAACAAGGACAAACCACAAGCGGCACUCGACUCAAUUGCAUCUCUCUCGACACCAACGACGAUCCACUGA